UCACGUGGUCAAAAUAUUCCCAUUUCACUUCUCUCUCUCUCCCUCUCUCUCCCCUCCCCACCCCAACCCAUGAGCUGAAGCUUAGUAUCUUGUAGGCUUGUAGUUGUUGUGAUAUUCCUUAAUUUUCUUAAAUUCUCGUUUGCUCCAAUUUGGCCUCUUUCAGUUCUUCAACACAAUGAGUUUUUUGAGACCGUCUGUAUUGUAUCAGUUCCUUCUAACUUCCAUUACUCUAAAAUGGAUGCCCUGCCAGAGCUGGGGUUUUCUUCGAUGGCCUGGUUUUGAUGGCUUCUUGAGGCUUCUGGUUUUGCUGCUUUUAUGGUCUAUGUGUUCCGAGAUUCGCUUCAUUCCAUCCUCUUCCAUGUACCCCACUCUUCGCGUUGGUGAUCGGGUCCUUGUUGAGAAGGCUUCAUACUACAUCCGAUCUCCUGCUAUAAAUGAUAUUGUCAUAUUCCGAGCUCCAAAACAGCCUGGAACCAAUGAGGAAGUUGUUUUUAUUAAGAGAAUUGUUGCAAAAGCUGGAGAUUAUGUUCAGGUUCAUCGUGGAUCACUGUAUGUCAAUGGAAAAGCUCAGACUGAAGACUUCAUAGCAGCACGACCAACAUACACAACAGAGUUAAUUUAUGUGCCUAAAGAUCAUAUUUAUGUCUUGGGAGACAACCGCAAUAACAGCUACGAUUCGCAUGACUGGGGACCCCUUCCUGUAAAGAACAUCAUCGGAAGAUUUGUCACGUGUUGGCACAGGCCUUCAAGAAGCUGACCCCAUGAUCAUAUGGGUUAGAUACACCGGAAAUCUCCCACGUCUUGAUAGAUAUCAUCGCCAUAUUUCUGUGUCCCCAGCAUAAUUAGUCAUUGAUUGAUUGUUUCUUUGUUUAGUCAUUCGUUGGUGCCAAUAUGCAUGCUUGUAAAUUGUGAGUUGAGUUGCAGAGAAUAGAAUAUGAUUCUUGGGAAUGGAGAUCGCAUAUUGUUGGUAA